AUGAAAGCAUUAUGUGAUGAAGAACAGUGCGAAAAGUUUGUUUGGGAGAAAAAUAAAGUGUUUCAAUUAAUUGAAUUGGUAGAGGCUCGUCCAGAAUUGUGGAAUGUCCGGUUGAAGGAGAAUGGGAAUCGAAACCUAAAACGUAAGUCCUUGGAAACAAUAGCAACGUCUUUAAAUUUGGGUGUUAAAAUAGUAAAAGUCAAAAUUCAUAAUUUGAGAUGCCAGUUAAAUGAGCAUCUGAGAAAAAUGAAAAGGUUCAAAACUGUUCAGGGUGCAGAUGAAAGGUAUAAACCGAAGUGGGAGUUUUUUGAGACUGUCAAGUUUAUGAAUAUCCAGACAAAUUCAACAGAAGAUAUAAUUGGCAGUGUUCGCAGUGCCCCUGAUGUUAUUAAUACAGAUGUGCUGGUAAGUAAAUAA